UCGACGACCUUUUUGUUCUGCCGGCGGUGUUGGAGAAGGCCAUAUUUGAUCCGUCUAUCGUAUGGCGUUAUUUGUCUGUUUCUUAAACUUAACUUUGUGUCGUUUAAAAGAACGUAUUGGCUGACUUUUACCUGUUAAUCUUGUUUUCAGUGGCUUCUGCUGGGAAAUGUACUAUUAAGUAUUUUUUCGUGCUUAGUGUUGUGAACCUUUACCAUGAGCUUCUCCAGCGACGAAGUGAACUUCCUGGUGUACCGGUACCUCCAGGAAUCAGGUUUCCAACAUUCAGCAUAUACAUUUGGUAUUGAAUCCCACAUAUCUCAAUCUAAUAUAAAUGGAGCCCUGGUACCCCCCGCCGCUCUUCUCAGCAUUCUUCAAAAGGGUCUGCAAUACACAGAGGCAGAAAUCAGCAUAGGAGAGGACGGCACUGAGCAUCGUCUAGUCGAAAGCCUUUCCCUUAUUGAUGCUGUUAUGCCAGAUGUUGUUACAAGCCGACAAGGUCAGCAGAAGCCUACUGCAGUUGUGAAAAAUGAACUGACUGAAACUAACGGUGAAGAAGGAACUACCAAUUCUGUUCCUCAACCUAGUGACGUAGCAAUGGAGGUUGAUGGUAGCAUUGAAAUUCCUCCCAGCAAAACAACUGUUCUUCGUGGUCAUGAGUCUGAAGUAUUUAUAUGUGCCUGGAAUCCCACAACUGAUUUGUUGGCCUCUGGAUCUGGUGACAGCACAGCCAGAAUAUGGGAUAUGAGUGAUAACUCCAACUCACCUAACCAACUGGUUCUGAGGCAUUGCAUUCAGAGAGGUGGCACAGAAGUUCCAAGUAAUAAGGAUGUUACUUCUCUUGACUGGAACUGUGAUGGAACUCUGUUAGCCACUGGCUCAUAUGAUGGUUAUGCGCGAAUUUGGACCACAGAUGGUCAAUUGGCUAGUACUCUUGGUCAGCAUAAGGGACCCAUCUUUGCUCUAAAAUGGAAUAAAAAAGGAAAUUACAUUCUGAGUGCUGGAGUUGACAAGACUACCAUCAUUUGGGAUGCUGCAUCUGGACAGUGUACUCAGCAGUUCUCUUUCCACUCUGCCCCCGCACUAGAUGUUGACUGGCAAACAAAUCAAAGCUUUGCAUCUUGUAGUACUGACCAGUGCAUUCAUGUUUGCAAACUUGGUGUGGACAAACCUAUCAAAUCAUUCCAAGGGCACACUAAUGAAGUAAAUGCCAUUAAAUGGGACCCUCUUGGAAACCUUCUAGCUUCGUGUUCUGAUGAUAUGACCUUAAAAAUUUGGAGUAUGAAGCAAGAUACUUGUGUACAUGAUUUACAAGCACACAGCAAAGAAAUUUACACAAUUAAAUGGAGUCCUACUGGCCCAGGAACAGCAAAUCCUAACAUGAGCCUUAUUCUUGCAAGUGCCUCAUUUGAUUCUACGGUUAGGCUGUGGGAUGUGGAAAGAGGACACUGCAUUCACACCCUCACUAAACACACUGAGCCAGUGUACAGUGUAGCUUUCUCUCCUGAUGGAAAAUUCCUUGCUUCUGGAAGCUUUGACAAAUGUGUUCACAUUUGGUCAACACAAAGUGGCCAUUUGGUGCAUAGCUACAAGGGAACUGGUGGUAUAUUUGAAGUUUGCUGGAACUCUCGCGGGGAUAAAGUUGGUGCUAGCGCCUCAGAUGGAAGUGUGUUUGUACUUGAUUUGCGCAAGAUGUAAUACCUUGAAGAAGUUAGAAACGCCUAUGAUUGCAAAACAUCACCAAUAUAAGGAACAUCAGAUUUUAAAAAUCAGAUAUGUUUUGAUUUUGGCAAUCUAAGGUCCACUCAGUAAAUCAUCUAUUGAACCUACUGAUUAGUUGAUGAUCGGUCAACAUCAAUGUUAACUUGAUUACUAUGCAGCCUUGCAGCCCUUUGUCCUUGUUUGUGUAAUCCUUGCUUUCCUAACUACUAUUCCAUGUCAGUCUUAUAUUUCCCCUCUGUGCCAGGGUUCUGUAUUAACUCAGUAUCUGUACAAACAGUUUCAUUAGUCAGUAAAGACAAGUUCUACAAGGUCUUUCAAAAACACGGGUGAACUUUUCACAACCUUUCAUGGCAUAAUUUAAAUUUUAAGUAUCUGUGUCUAUGUAGGUAAAAGUCUGUGUUACAUGUUUAGUGUAAGUCAAGUUGUUUUUAUUUUAUAGCCACUCGUGUUUUAAAAGACUUUAAAAAUGGGAUUAAUUACAUUGAGGAAAAUGUCAGACUACUGGUCUUUUGAGUGUCAGACUAAAACUACAGGUCUUCUGAAUAAUCCUGAAAUGUGCAAGGUAAUGCAGUGACUGUAUUUCAAAUCUGCUACCUUGUGCAAUGAAACAUUAGUUCUGUGUUUACUGUUUGCUUGUUGUUAGUGUGUGACAUUGUCAUGACUUUUUAAUCUUACCUGGAUGUAUGACAUUCCAACUAUUUAUUUGUAGUUUGCCAUUUACUUAUUGUACCAAACCUGAUGAAACUGUGCAUUUACAUUUUUGUGUUUACCGACGUUCAAUUUAUACAUGUCUUAGUAUUAGCAGGACCUAUUGGCCACUCUUAUUGCUGUCAAUUUAUUUCAAAGGCAUCAUGAAAAAAGCUGGCACAUCAACAGCUGAAGAUUUGUUUUAUAAUAAUGAAUUAGGAUUGUGCAGGAAAAAAAUGCUUUCAUUGAUGAGGGCACUAUUAACACACUGUACCUGCGUUAAUUACACUAUUGUUCUUUUUCAAAAAGAAACAUUACGUACUGUAAUUUUAUUUUUUAUUUUUUGUUGUAUCUGUUGUAACAGCAGGGAAUCCUGUCAGAUUUAUCAGUACAAAUUAUAUUUGUUCAUCAGAUAUUUAAUUUUACUUUGUAUAUAUUGCCAUAUAUGUAUAUUAAUUUUUAGAUGUAAUGCAUCUUCAUUCUUGUGUGAUUGUAAUAUUUGUUCAGCAUCCCCUCCCCAUCCCCAAAAUGAAAAUCAUCUGUAGAUUCUGCCUUCCAUCAUUGCUAUUGUGAUUUAUCCAUGAGACUAGAUCCUAAGAUGUAUCAUGUAUCAUCUCCAACUUUUAUACUUAUGAUCUUUCUAAUGACAUUCUAUUGCUGUCUUGUAGUUUCAGUGGUGUAUAUGUAAUAAGAAGAAGGAAUUACAAACUUUUGCUUAAACAGCAAA